UUAUCUGUUGUUGAUCCCGGUCAUUUUGGAGUAUGCGGGGGGGAAACACCAUGCUACAUACGAUUAUUUUCUGUUAUGUUACUUAUGGAAUGUGUUUAACCACAAUAUAAGAGAGAAAUACACAUACAACAGUAACGGUGAAGUGGUGGAACCUUGUUUUAAUGUGUCCCCUUCGGUGUAGUUUGUGCGGUGCACCGUUUGAUUACCUAGCAACAGGAACAGUGGUAAACGUUGUAAGACAUGUUAACGUGUUUGUUUUGACAAAGGAUGUUUUCUCCAGCCUCAUCUCAGCCUCUUGAUGAAGAGACCUUCUACCUGAAGUGUAGAGCUGUCUACAUCUCUGUAUUUAGAUCCAGUUUGACGAGUAUCACUUCAAAACAACAGUUAUGCCGUGUUCUCCAAUUGGCUGGAAGGAAUCCCUCACUUAAAACUCUCAGCAAGUACUGGACGCCAGCCACUUCCAAUCUCAACUUUGAUGAUUUCUGUGAGAUACUCAAGUUGGAAAAGCAGACGGAUGAAAAUGAGCUUUUGAGAAUUUUCAAAGGAAUGGAUGCAAACGGAGAUGGCUUUAUAUCGCACAGUAAACUGGAAAAAGCCCUAACAACAAGUGGUGAGAAGAUGACAGCUGAGGAGAUCAGCGCCAUUUUCUCAAUAGCUGAUGCCAACAAAGAAAGCAAAUUAGAUUAUGCAGAGUUCUGCCGAAUGCUGGCUACAACGGCAGAGCAGUGCCAGUCCGAGGCUCUCGAGAGGCUGGAGGCCGAUGCCAAGAUGAGAAGGCAGAACUUCGGCAGCCAGAUAGAUGGCAAUCCAAAGAGUGCCACGUACUCGUCUGCAUCCCCCUCAGCAGCAGUACCCACAGCGACAACAGCAACCCUCCCCCAGCCUCCAUCGGAAUCACAGAGGCAAGAUUCUGACCCGGCACUCAAAAAAGAUAGUCGAACGCCGUCCCGCGUCUCUUCUGCACGCAGCCGCCGGUCGCCCCUAUCGUCGACCGGCGUCACCAUGACCGCCAGCAGCGUAAAAGCCAGUGGAAAGACACUGGAGCCCGCAGCGUUACAGAACUGGCAGCAUGUUGGUGUUAGAGGGUGCUUCUUCCUGGAGGAGGAGGAGGGCAGCAUCAGCUCCCUGCAGUACCGCUUCCACCUGCCCCAGCGGUCGUCCGUCUACCUCAGCAUCCAGCCCCUCAGCCUGGGCCAUCACACGCCUGGUAACUAUACAAACAAGGUUUCCUCAGGGAGCUGGAUGACGGUAGACACUGCUAUCUUCGUAACGUCAGCAGGGCAAAGCAAAGAGGAAUGUAACCUUGUGUGUUUCACAGAGGCCAGGGAUGAAGAAAGGUACGUGUGGAGUGGAGAGCUUGCCGCUGGGAGCUACUUCCUGCUGCCCUUCACCAGCGGCUGCAGGCUGAGGAGGAGGAGAAGAACGGCCACGCCAACCAAACCAGAACCACUGGUGUACCGCACGGACAGUGGGGAGCUGGAUCUUACCAGGGCGCUCCGGGAGGCGCUGUCUGACAUCUUUGACGUGAUCGACCUCGAUGGGAACGGCUUAAUCAGCCUAGAGGAGUACAACUUGUUUGAGCUAAGGACCAGCGGGGAGAAGUGUGACGAGGAAGCCUGGGCUAUCUGUAAAGAGACCUUUGACACCAGGAGGAACCAGCUGACCCGGCAGGGCUUCAUGGAGCUGCACCUCAUGGAGGCCACAGAGAAGGACGGGGACCCGUCGGACCUCUGGCUCACCCUGGAGGCCAUGGGCUACAACCAGGCCCUGGAACUGGUGGAGGCGUGUCCGUUCCAGAUGGACGUGCACUGUGAGGGCUGCCCUCCGUCCCUCCAGCCGCUCAGCCUGGACUGGGGCUCCCGGCUGCUGAACCAGGCCCUGCAGAAGUCCAUCGUGGCCUCAGCGGGGGAGGCCCGGGCCCUCAGGGGCCACGACAACGUCCUGGUGUACACCUACCGGGGGGACCACCGGAUCUCCUCCCUCGUGGCCAACAAGGGCAUCCAGAAAGUGACUGUGCACGUGAACAAUGAGCACAGCAAGAAUUGCUGCAGCAGCAGAGGCAUGAGUGUGUUUGCUGUGGAGGUACCAGCCAAAACCAAGAUGGUUCACCAGCAUGUCCUACCCAUCAACGAGAGACAGGAGUGGACCUACUGCUGUGUGGAGAGCACCCUGCCCAGCCAAUGAAGUUCUACAGUGUGACUGUAAUAUGAUCUUUAAUAUUUAUCAAAAUGUGAAUCUAUAAUCUUUAUCUAUAAAUUGCAUUUAUCGAUAGCACUAAUGUGAUGGCUCAAUGUCGAUUUAUAAGUUAUCUUGUUUAUAUUUGCAUAUACAUAUUUUGAAGGUACUGUAAGCUAGUGUUAUGUUUGUUUCAUGUUUAAUGUAAAGUUUUAAGAAUGGCACGCACUCAAAACCGUCUGAAAAUGAUGAAGGUGUAUUCGUAUAGUUUAUCAUCCUUAUGUUUGUUCACACCAAAAGCGGUGUGAAUAUUUGCACCACAUCAGUGGAGGCUUCUCCAUUGAGGAGAGGGAGGAAGAUCCUCCCUAACAUUGUUGAGAAUAAAAAAUUUAGAUUGCCCCGAC